AUGCACAGAUUGCGAAGGCGCUCUUGUAACCUAACGUCCACCAACCUGUCGCUGAGGUGGGCUGCCAAUAGCAUCCUGCUGGGUGAUGGUGCUCACUGUCGCUUACUCACGUUGUGUGUUGCCAAUAGCAUCCUGCUGGGUGAUGGUGCUCACUGUCGCCUACUCACGUUGUGGGCUGCCAAUAGCAUCCUGCUGGGUGAUGGUGCUCACUGUCGCCUACUCACGUUGUGGGCUGCCAAUAGCAUCCUGCUGGGUGAUGGUGCUCACUGUCGCCUAUUCACGCUGAAACCAUUCGAUGACCCGCCAGUAUUUUAUGCUGAAGGAAACGGGCAAAACUGGCUUCUGUUGUGUCAUCAAGCAUCUCCAACUAAAAGGACUACCUUCAACAUUGAGGUGGGCAGCAAAGUUCAAAACUGGCUUCUGUUGUGUCAUCAAGCAUCUCCAACUAAAAGGACUACCUUCAACAUUGAGGUGGGCAGCAGAGUUCAAAACUGGCUUCUGUUGUGUCAUCAAGCAUCCCCAACUAAAAGGACUACCUUCAACAUUGAGGUGGGCAGCAGAGUUCAAAACUGGCUUCUGUUGUGUCAUCAAGCAUCUCCAACUAAAAGGACUACCUUCAACAUUGAGGUGGGCAGCAGAGUUCAAAACUGGCUUCUGUUGUGUCAUCAAGCAUCUCCAACUAAAAGGACUACCUUCAACAUUGAGGUGGGCAGCAGAGUUCAAAACUGGCUUCUGUUGUGUCAUCAAGCAUCCCCAACUAAAAGGACUACCUUCAACAUUGAGGUGGGCAGCAGAGUUCAAAACUGGCUUCUGUUGUGUCAUCAAGCAUCUCCAACUAAAAGGACUACCUUCAACAUUGAGGUGGGCAGCAGAGUUCAAAACUGGCUUCUGUUGUGUCAUCAAGCAUCCCCAACUAAAAGGACUACCUUCAACAUUGAGGUGGGCAGCAGAGUUCAAAACUGGCUUCUGUUGUGUCAUCGAGCAUCCCCAACUAAAAGGACUACCUUCAACAUUGAGGUGGGCAGCAGAGUUCAAAACUGGCUUCUGUUGUGUCAUCAAGCAUCCCCAACUAAAAGGACUACCUUCAACAUUGAGGUGGGCAGCAGAGUUCAAAACUGGCUUCUGUUGUGUCAUCAAGCAUCCCCAACUAAAAGGACUACCUUCAACAUUGAGGUGGGCAGCAGAGUUCAAAACUGGCUUCUGUUGUGUCAUCAAGCAUCCCCAACUAAAAGGACUACCUUCAACAUUGAGGUGGGCAGCAGAGUUCAAAACUGGCUUCUGUUGUGUCAUCAAGCAUCUCCAACUAAAAGGACUACCUUCAACAUUGAGGUGGGCAGCAGAGUUCAAACCUGGCUUCUGUUGUGUCAUCAAGCAUCUCCAACUAAAAGGACUACCUUCAACAUUGAGGUGGGCAGCAGAGUUCAAAACUGGCUUCUGUUGUGUCAUCAAGCAUCUCCAACUAAAAGGACUACCUUCAACAUUGAAGUGGGCAGCAGAGUUCAAAACUGGCUUCUGUUGUGUCAUCAAGCAUCUCCAACUAAAAGGACUACCUUCAACAUUGAGGUGGGCAGCAGAGUUCAAAACUGGCUUCUGUUGUGUCAUCAAGCAUCUCCAACUAAAAGGACUACCUUCAACAUUGAGGUGGGCAGCAGAGUUCAAAACUGGCUUCUGUUGUGUCAUCAAGCAUCUCCAACUAAAAGGACUACCUUCAACAUUGAGGUGGGCAGCAGAGUUCAAAACUGGCUUCUGUUGUGUCAUCAAGCAUCUCCAACUAAAAGGACUACCUUCAACAUUGAGGUGGGCAGCAGAGUUCAAAAGGAUAAAAGAGCCUUGAAUAUGAUCCAAGACCAGGAAGAUCGUCAACUGUCACCACUAAGGACGAGUCGCAACAAGUUACGUAGCCAAUAAGAACGGGUCUACGCCUGAAUCCGCAUCUGAGAAUAGAAUGAAAAAAGAAAGAAAGAAAAGAAACCAUUUGGCCCUUUUACAGCUAAACAUCUUAUAAAAUUUAUAUGUACAGGGUAUUGAUUGAUUGUAUUUUGUUUAAAACAGUGCCAUACAUCUCGUCUUGUCGAAUAAUGCUGUGUAUGAAUUUGAGCCUCCCGCGCGAUGUCACUGCUAAUACUCUAAUAUUAUGAAACGUGCGGCAUGCCUUAUGCUCCCGACUGAAUACUCGUGUCAAGUAACAUGCAGGACCGAUUUACAAUUCAAACAAACUGAAUUAUCCAUCUCAUUUAGACUCAUUUUCUCCUACGAACUAAAUACCCCAAAUAUUCGAAUACUUAAAAAUAUUCGAAUAUUUCGAAUAGGAAAUUGGCAAGCGAAUAUUAGAACCGAACACUAUACAAUUCAAACAGUCCCUUUCUUGAAAUAUUCAUUUGUGUGCACAUCUAUUUGUUUACGGUAGCUGUAAAAACAACAACAAAAACAACAACAACAUUUGGCGCCUGCUCUGGACAGCGCUGUGGCGUAACAGUUCUCCUACAGACAUGGUCAAAAUCAGUUCUCAUCUGCACACAAAACAUCUGACAGAGGAUCAUGGCUGCAUAGCCUCACUACUCUGUCGUAACUUCUCUUGUAAUCGGUCAUGUGCAGAUAUACGGUAUUGAAUAUACUACGGAAACAGCUUUUAUUGCACACUUUUACAUUUUACAUUGUCUGGGUGUUCAUUAACGCACAUUAUAGUCAAUUUUGUUUUUAC